CAGGCAAAAGCUGCACAUGAUAAUAAAUUUCGUAUCUAAGUGAUUCAGUGAAUUACGCUUAGAAUGGACUAACGUAAUUAAUAGUUGACUGUUGUAAAGUGUAAUUGUAUAUCAUCUACGUUUGGUUUGGACCGUUCCGUUUUGUUACGUACUUCUAUAUUAAAUGUGUUUCUGUCUAAAACAGUAGAGACGUCAGAAAUAAAAGGGGCGACGUAAUAAAAAAAUUAAAUGUCUGCACUUUUACUACAUAACUAAUAUAUAAAUUUGAAUCAGAGCCAAAUGGUAUGGUCUCUUGAAUAUCUAAAAGUAUCCAAUCGAUGUAUUAAAUGAAUAGAAUGGAAAGAACACUCGUCAAUUCAUCUACUGAAACACAGCUUUGUACAUAUUGUGGAACGACAUUAUGGAUGUGUAUAAAUAUAUGUUCAGUUAUGCUUUUGAUACUGGGAUGUUUCACGGUCUGCUGGUUGCCCUACUUCGUGCUGACAUUAUACGCCAAAACAACAAGGCGCAAAUUUGCUACACUCUACGAAAUAUUUUUAAAUUUAGCGGUAGCAAAUUCAAGUAUGAAUCCACUUAUUUAUGCCUGGAAGAACAAAAACUUUCGAAAUGCUUUCAUAUAUUUAGUAAAAUGUCAAAAAAUAAAUGGAUUAGGCAGCUCCAAUUUUGUGACAAAUCAUAUACCUAGUAAGAAGAACUCCGUUAAUGGGAUAUCAAAUCUUGUGUGCCAAAAAGAAGAUAUUUUGCAUAGCGAAAUGAUUUUAGAAACACGAUUCUCUCAUGUGCAGCAUAUUACUCUUAAUGAAAGUGCCAGCAACGGUACCUCCGAAAUAAUAAGCAAAACAAUGUUCAGGACUUUAUAAUUAAAAUUUAUAUAAAAAAUAAAUGAAAAAUGCCAUAAAUGCCUUCUGAAGAUUUAGAUAUUAUAUAUAGGUAUUUCAAAAUAUAAAAUAAACAAG